CAUCUUCCAGUGCUUAUUGAUCUAGCACGUUUUUGCUUGUUCUUAUGAGAGAGGGCGGUUCACGGGGCUAGAUAGUCAACGAUAGGUUCUCUCAAAAGUGUCCCUUAACCAGAGUUGACGGUAGGGGAUGAAAGGUGUGUUCUAACAAAACUGCAAAAUUCGCUUAUAAAAGAGGCCAAGGAUCGUCUGGAAUGCCAUUCAUAGUUUGCAGUUCUAGCUCAUUAGAAGGCAACUAUUUACCUCCUCAUCAUGAAGUUUCCUUCAAUUUUUGUGCUGAUGGUUGUCGUUGUCACCAAAGGAGAACCUGAAGCUGAGGCUGGCCAGAACAUGAUUGCUCGUCCUGGCUUCCCUGCUUUGGCUUACGGUCGACCCAGAUACACACCCUACUAUCCUCGUCAAUAUUACUUUUCUUACCCACGAUUUACCAAACGUGAGGCUGAGGCUGAACCUGAGGCUCAACCCGAGGCUGGCCAGAACAUGAUUGCUCGUCCUGCCUUCCCUGCUUUGGCUUACGGUCGACCCAGAUACACACCCUACUAUCCUCGUCAAUACUACUUUUCUUACCCACGAUUUACCAAACGUGAGGCUGAGGCUGAACCUGAGGCUCAACCCGAGGCUGGCCGGAACAUGAUUGCUCGUCCUGCCUUCCCUGCUUUGGCUUACGGUCGACCCAGAUACACACCCUACUAUCCUCGUCAAUACUACUUUUCUUACCCACGAUUUACCAAACGUGAGGCUGAGGCUGAACCUGAGGCUGAACCCGAGGCUGGCCAGAACAUGAUUUCUCCUCCUGCCUUCCCUGCUUUGGGCUACGGUCGACCCAGAUACACACCCUACUAUCCUCGUCAAUACUACUUUUCUUACCCACGAUUUGCCAAACGUGAAGCUGAGGCUGAGGCUGAACCCGAAACUGAGGCUGGCAAUUGGUAUUGAAGCAUUGCACGUCCUGGCUUUUCUGCUUUGGCUUAUGAUCGUCCCAAAUAAACCGGCUACUAUUCUCGAUUAUACUUGUACCAAUCUUAUUAAAGGAGGCCAGGCAGAAAUACAUUUGAGGAGGGAUUGUUUUUUGGACUCCCCCUUCCUUUUUGGAGGUAUUUGGAUGCAGCAAUAUGAACUACAAAUCCUAUCCCACCCAAAAAUAGAAUAAAGCAACCUCAAUGUAUACUUGAAUACAUCAGAUAGGGCCAGAGUU